AUGCCGUUCAUCCUACCCUCUGACCUCGCGCCCGCCUCUCAACUCGAAGCGGUCUCCUCGUCUGAAUGGCACUGGGAGUGGCCCCAAUGGCAACAGCCGACUUGGCUCUCCACGGUCCCCCUCCACAUCCCGCUCGCCCUCCUCUUUUUCCUUGUAUUCGCCACUCUCGCACUUCGCGCCCUUUUCGUCCGUGCUAAGGCUGGCUUCACCGCCAUCGCCGCUGACGAGAAGCGCGUGCUUGCCGUCGAACUCGAUGAGCAGACACAUCCGAAAUGGGUGCUCUCGUUUGGCUUCUUCCGCCACAGCCAAACAAGCGAGAAGGCUACAGAACAGCAACAAGAGGAGACAAUCGAGGUCGUCGCCCUGCCCGUCGUCCAUCGUCCCCGGCCACAGAAAGCCGCGAUAGACGUGCGCCGUCCUGAACGGGUGCUCAAGCUCGCUGUAGAUGCCCCUUUGCCAGCGAUCUACGUUUCCGAGGUACCUGCAAGUAUGGCUAAGCUUAUUAUGAGCCGUCAUACUUUCCGCAAGGCCUCUCCGCCCUCUCCGCGUCGCACACGCUCCCUAUCGCCGCCCAAGACUGCGGCCCGUCCGUCCACUGCACCGUCUCCGCCCUCUGCCCCUACGGCAGUCUAA